GAGAAUCACCAACAUGCAGAUAAACUGCGCUUUACUAUAAAACGGACUCUAUAAUGAACUUUUACCGGCUGGUUAUUAUACUGGGAGCAUCAGUGUGUGAUGGGGUGCAUGUCACAGUGCGGCAGGAGCAGCAGUUUGCGAUGCUCUUCCAGUCCGUGGUCCUCCCGUGUCAGUACCAAACGGCCUCAACUCAGAUCCCCGUGGUGCAGUGGUGGUACAAGUCCUACUGUCGAGACCGCACACGAGAGUCCUUCACUGUGCCGCAGAGUCUGGGCGUCCAUGCCUCUGAGCUGGGCGCCACGUCUCACCUGGAGUGCUCCGACAGCAGCCGCACAGUUCGGGUUGUGGCCUCGGCGCAGGGAGCGUCCAUGACGCUGGCUGAGCACUACAAAGGCAGAGACAUCGCCAUCAUAAACAAAGCAGACCUGCGUAUUGGGAAGCUGCAGUGGGGCGACAGUGGAGUGUACUUCUGUAAAGUUAUCAUUUCUGAUGAUCUGGAGGGGAAGAAUGAGGCCCAUCUGGAGUUACUGGUGCUUGGCAGGACAGGUCAGCAGGACGAUCUUCUACCUGAGUUUGAUGUGAAGAUUAUGCCAGAGUGGGCAUUUGUGGGAUCUGUAGUCCUGGGCAGCAUCUUGUUCCUGUUGUUGAUGGGGAUUUGCUGGUGCCAGUGUUGCCCUCACUCCUGCUGCUGCUACGUUCGCUGCUGCUGCUGUCCUGACACCUGCUGCUGUCCACGACACUUGUAUGAAGCAGGGAAGAUGGCAAAGAAUGGACCGCCUGCUCAGAUUCCUGUGUAUCCCUACUACAUUCCUGGUGUGCCUACUGUGGUUCCUCUUGCCCCUUCAUCCCACGUCGACCCAAAGAUCGCCUCUAUCCCCUCAGUGGAGAAUAACCUGGCUGGAGUGCGCAGUGGUUAUCGACUAAAAGCCAGUCCAGACCAGGACUCAAUGAAAGUUUUGUGCUACAUAGAGAAGGAGCUGGCUCAGUUUCCCUCUGUCAAGAUGGCUGCACUCAAACCCAGCAGCAUGUCAGAGCUGAGCUCUCUUCAUGAUGGAGGGAAUACGGACUUCAGACACACCUAUCAGACAGUCCAGAUGAAGGCGCUCCCGCCCAUCGCAGACCUGGACGACCAGUCGCUGCUGAGAGCAGCUCCACCUACACAGAGUCGAAGGCCCCGACGGGACAGAGGCAACCACUCAGACGAUGAGCUGGACAGAAGGUGGAACUCCCGCUCAGAGCACCUGCAGAGAAAGACGUUGAGCAGAAGAGGGCGUGCCGGCUCCCUGGACGAGCUGGAGGAUUUCGCUCGGUCUUUCGGCUCCCGUGGUCGUCGGGCGCAGCCUUCCGAUCGGGCUUAUGAGCGGGAUUACAGCCCUCCCAGGCGUUUCUACAGAGAUGAAGAUGAUGAAUGGGACCGCCGUAGCCCCUCACCUUUACCCCAGAAGAGAAGGGACACGUGGGACAGUGAUCGACCCUGUCGACCGCCCCAAAGCAACGGAUAUGACGACACCUUCCUCAGCAGUGUGCUGGACAGCAAGGCGAGGGGGCGGGGAGGGGACAGAGGUGCUGCCAGACUGGACGAGGACAGUGACACUCCCUCUAAAGGCAGCUCCAGAGGAAAGGCCAGCGAUAGUUACUACAGCCGGUCACCCAGCAACCGUCCAGAAGAGGAGGACUCUUUGCCUCCGUACUGUGAGUGGGAGGCGGAGCGGUACCGCAGGGCUGCCCCAAACACAGACCGGUACCGCAAUGAAGAACCUCCCAGAUCAGACCGAUACAGGACCACUGAGCCAGCCAUGAGGCCUUUCUCUUACACCCGCCCCCACCAGGGAAUGUCCCAAACACUACAGGGGGGCCGAGAGGAGAGAGAUAGGACCCGAAACCUGACUGACAGCAAAAACCACAAGACCGGGUACCAGUCCACAGCCCGAUGCUGGGGACCUCUGCACUAGCCCACAAAAUGUGUAUUAUUCUGCAGCUGAAAUUUGUCGCCAACAAAUGUUUACUCCUGUUUGAUUAACUUUUAAACUACUUUUAACUACAGUGCCCAGCUGUUAAAAAUAAAACUAUGAGAUGGCAUGGCAACAUGCCCGGCUCGAGUCCAGCUGGGACCUUUGCUGAAUGUCGGCCCUUCUUUAUCUCUUCCCCUCUUGUUGUCAGCUCUCUACUGUAUCUAUCAAAUAAAGGCAAUUGCCCCACAGUGACUUAAAAAUAUAAUAUACACACAUACAUAUAUAUAUAUAUAUAUACUAUAUAUAUAAAAUAUAAACUAAAUAUUUGAUGGAAAAAAUGCGCUUGGGGAAAUCAAAAAGUACUUUUCGUGGGAUUUGUUGACAGUAAGAAUGAAAUAGAAUAACUCUUUGCUUUGUGUAGAGACAUUUGAAAAUGUUUUAACAGUUUUAUCUGAUAAUCUGAUCGUCUCUUGUGCCAUGUAUAUAUAAGAUGUAUGGUCUUAACACGGACUCAUUUUAAUUUAGUUCUGAUAUGAUUUUAUUUAGGUAGCUGUAACAUUUUUAGGAGUAAAUGAAAUCACAAAUGCAUGAUUUAACUCAGAUACUGUAUAAUCUGGCCAUGCUUGCAACCAUCUCAGUGUUACAAAUGCUUACAUACUGGCUUACUAAUGUGAUUUUCCCACUGGAAUCAGUAUUAGACAUUUUUACUAAUAUGGUUUGAGCUGAAGGAUUUCUUUAAAAACUUGAGACACCUCUGGCACCAGGCUGGACUAACAUAGCAUGAGCAUGAAUGCAAAGUCUCUAACGUCUGGCUUUUGGUGUAUUUCUUCGACAGAGCACUGCACUGAGCAGGGACUCUCUCAUAGUGUAACAAGGUUUCCCAGCCUCGACCCGCACUGCACUGCCAAUCUGUUCAUUUAAACCGUCCUGUUGCCACGCAGGAGAGGCUAACUGUUCUGACAUCAGCCACAUGAAGUCUGGUUCGUCUCGCUGAAAUAACUGCAUGGAAAAAAACAACAGUAGCGGAUGGAAAACACUGAGAAAUGAAUGUGCACACGCAUGUGCUCUUUUUCCUCAUGUGCAUGAAUUAUAACGUGCAUUUAUGUAUGUGUAGCCUACAGAUUGUGCAACAAUUUGAUGAGUUGAGUGACUGGAUUUACUCACACCAGUGCCAAGAUGUUUUAUUCUAUUAUUAUCUGCCACUUUUACAAUGGAAAACAAAGCAGGAGAUCUUGUGUUUUCCUCCAGACUUCAUACUUCUUACUCAGUAGGGGAGACCGGGUAUGGUUGUAACAUAAACACUACUUUAAAAAGUGUUACAACCAUCCACUAUACAUACAACUAGGGACUUUCUUGAUUUUAAUAUUUUACUCCAGGGUUACCAGCAUUCAUUUGUCAGUACUGUGACCAGUACUUCUCAUUCACAUGUUGUUCACAUGUUGGCGUGUGUAUCGGCACUCAAUCUUUUCCAAACUCGGUCUCCGCUGGUGGAGAAGGCAGAGAAGCAUACGGGCAGCUUGUGAGAGGUGCCGGUGCACAAGAAAAAGUUCUGGUAGGCCAAAGUGUAAAAUAUAGAAGUGCUUGUGCUGCGUACCGGUGUGUACUGGCCCACUUCAAGCACUGACUGUGACUCUGAUUAAGAAUAUACACACAGACACACAACUCUUUUUUGUUAGACCUAAGGAUGUACAAAGAUGUUCUUUAGUCUUUUAAAAGUACAUUUUAGUAGUAUUUAUUAAGUAUACUGUUAAGUAAGUUUAUUCUAUAGAUAUAUUUACAUACACAUACUGUACAUGCGCGAGUCAUCAGACAUAGUCUGUUACAGAGAGAGAGAAACAUUGUUCUUUUAUAUCACUACCUGUUUUUGAAGCAUAUCAUAUGGUGUGGCAUCUA